AUGGAAAACGCCUGGGAUCGGGAGCGGCUGCGCGAGGCGGUGCGGUUGUGUCGGCAGCUGGUGGAUUACCCGGCUUACGGGGACGUGCUGGACCAGUGGGUCUCCCCCACCGAACCGGAGCUGGCCGACGACGAUUUGCUGGACGAUUGGCUGAAACGCACCAUCGGUUCAGCUCGGCAUAUGUCGGGCACCUGCAAGAUGGGGCCCGACAGCGACCCGGCGGCGGUGGUGAACCAGCGCCUGCAGGUGCGAGGCGUCGAGGGGCUGUGGGUUGCUGACGCCAGCAUCUUGCCGCAGGUGCCACGGGCCAACACCCACGCCACUGUAAUCAUGGUGGCCGAACGGCUGGCCGGGGAGUGGGAUUAG